AUGGCCGCGCUCUGCUUUCUGCUUCGGGGAAGAAGGGCCGGGAUGGAGUGAGGCCCGAGGAACUGGGCCUGGGCGGAGGAGAAAGUGGCGGCUGCCUGCCUCGCGGCCGAGUCCUUCGGGUCGCCUCCUGUUCGGCUGCUGAAGCUCCCGCUCCGCGGAGGGGCGGCUAUGAGCUGACGGGAAGAUGGCGAGCGACGCGGGCAGGAAGCAGUUCUGGAAGCGGAACGUCUCCCGGGUGCCCGGCAGCAUUCAACACGUGUAUGGUGCUCAGCAUCCUCCUUUUGAUCCGUUGUUGCAUGGAACCUUAAAACCAGGAGCCAAGCCACCGACCACUCCAGUGAAACUGAAGAAAGUGAGCACCUUCCAAGAGUUUGAGAGUAACACCAGCGACGCGUGGGAUGUUGGAGAUGACGAUGACGAACUCUUGGCGAUGGCUGCAGAAAGCCUUAACACUGAUGUAGUCAUGGAAACGGCUCACCGUGUCAUUCGGAAUCACAGCAAAUUGCAAGAGCAGCACAAGCAGCAGGAGGGGCAGGUGGUGGAGAAGGAGCACCCUCCACAGCUUCCAGACCUGCUCCCAGCUGUGUGUGGGGACAACAGGCUGGUUAAGUCUGUCAGCGACAGCAAUGCAUCGAGUUCUGCAGAUAGUUCUAGUGAAAAUGCUUCCAUGCCAAGAUCUCAGUCGCUUCCACAGUCCUCAGCAGGUGUUCUGGUGGGGAGAGCAGCAGACCUUAAUACUUCAGGUGGUCUUGCACUGUCAGAAAGAGAGGCAUCGCGAUUGGAUAAAUUCAGGCAACUCCUUGCUGGCCCAAACACAAACCUUGAAGAACUGCGGAAACUGAGCUGGUCAGGAAUCCCAAAACCAGUCCGGCCAAUCACAUGGAAGCUGCUUUCAGGUUACCUCCCUGCCAACGUAGAUCGGAGAGAAGGUACUUUGCAGAGAAAGCGGAAAGAGUAUUUUGCAUUUGUCGAACAAUAUUACAACUCAAGAAAUGAAGAAACUCACCAGGAUACAUAUAGACAGAUUCAUAUAGAUAUUCCUCGUAUGAGCCCAGAGGCUUUAAUUCUUCAACCCAAAGUAACAGAGAUCUUUGAAAGAAUUUUGUUCAUCUGGGCAAUACGUCAUCCAGCCAGUGGAUACGUUCAGGGCAUUAAUGAUCUGGUUACUCCUUUCUUUGUUGUCUUCGCUGGAGAAUAUGCAGAAGAAGAAGUGGAAAAUUUUGAUGUUUCCAGUCUGCCUGCCGAAGCCCUGCAGAACAUUGAAGCUGACAGUUUCUGGUGCAUGAGCAAACUGCUUGAUGGCAUUCAGGACAACUAUACCUUUGCUCAGCCUGGUAUUCAGAAGAAAGUGAAAAUGUUGGAAGAACUGGUCAGCCGGAUCGAUGAACAAGUACAUGGACACUUGGAGCAACAUGAAGUGAAAUACCUCCAGUUCGUUUUCCGUUGGAUGAACAACUUGUUGAUGAGAGAAGUUCCCCUGCGGUGCACCAUACGGCUUUGGGACACCUAUCAGUCUGAACCAGAGGGGUUUUCUCACUUCCACUUAUAUGUUUGUGCUGCCUUCCUUGUCAGAUGGAAGAAGGAGAUCCUAGAGGAAAAAGACUUCCAGGAACUGCUAAUGUUUUUACAGAACUUGCCCACGAUGCACUGGGGAAAUGAAGAUAUCAGUGUUCUUCUUGCAGAAGCCUACAGACUGAAGUUUGCAUUUGCAGAUGCCCCCAAUCAUUACAAAAGAUGAAAGAGCCAGAAACCAUACGCACAGAUGGUCUUCCUUGUUGUGGCAUGGUAUCGUUUUAGCAUUAUCGGGUUGUGUCGACAUAAAUACGCACCAGUGUCUUGAAAUAAAAUGCUCCAUUAUAGUUCAGCGAAAAGCUAGACAAUGAGUGGAUUACCAAAGAAGUGGACAAACCAAGAGAUUGAGAAGAACAAGGUGGACCUCAAACUGGACAUUUUUGCUCAGUGUGCAUAGAAGAGAGAGAUUUAUAUUCAGUCUUGGUUUCAUUCAGCUUUUUCCUUUGGUAAUUCUAUGACUGAAGAAAGUAUUUUCUGUUCAUUGGUAUCUAAUGACUGACUGCCCUGUCUCGCUGAGCCUUGUCCCUUGUCAGUUAUAUCCAUUAUUUCGACAGAAGCGUUGCUUGUCUCUGAUGUCCUUGUUGGCAAAUAAAAAUACUCGACCUUGCAUAGAAAUGAGGAUGGGGUUCAUCAGGCAGCAAGGUCAGGUAGGGGGUCAUACAGGCUUGCUUUAUAUUUAUUUUGAGAAAUAUUUUUUAUCCUUUAAUGUGAUCUUUCGUUACAUACUGAAGCCCAGUAACACAGAUCUCAAUAUAAUACAACUUCUAGAAUUAGGUAAAGAAUGCUACUUGAUAAUAUACCUGGAGAGACCCCAGAUGUGCUAAGGAGUGCAAAUAGUGUUUAAUAAAUUAUUUCACUUUAGAGUGUCUAAAACGUACUGAUUAAAAUAAGAAAAAUAGAUCUUUUUUCCUGCCGCAGUAAUGUAUUGAUAAUUUAAACGUGUUAAACCAUUCAAAUACUUGUUAGGAUGUAGGCCUCUUAUCUUGAACAAUGAUCCUCCUCCCCAAGUGUCUUGGUUUACAGUGAUACAUAUAUUUAAAUAUGUUUUGCCUUACUUUGUUGAGAAAGCUUAACUGAGACAUUAUCCUCAGCUCGCACCUUCAGACAUAAACUGAGUAUGGAGGAGAAACAAAGAAGAGGACAGUUCCCAAGUUGAUUGGGUUUCUAGACUAUUUACCUGAGUCAUCAACAGCCAAGAUGCUGUUCCAUAUAAUCAUGGGAAAAGCACUAAUUUUAUACUGCCGGGGUGGGGGUUGGAAGAUGAGACAGUUAAGAUCUCUCCAUUCCCCUCCUCACUAGUAUGGCUGGUGAAUCAGUCGACAGUCCCAACUACUAUGUAUAAUGGAUUAUCUAGCAUUUAUUCACCAGAGCAACUAAUCAAAACUAUAUGUUUGCUUCUAUGAAAAGCGUAAUCCAGCAGAAUGUGUUAGUGCAUAUUAAUAGGAGUUAUAUGAGAAGUUUAGGUGGGAACUAAUUUACAUACAUCAAGAUUGUGUGCAAAUUUAAACUCAAAGGCACAGCUUCCUUCAAAACAAUGAACAAAAUGUAACAGACUUACAUUUCCCCCCCAGAUUUUAUUUAUAGAACUUAAAGGAAAAGUUCAGUCUAUUAAUCUCUUACCAUAAGGGGGCAUUUUAUACAAACUGCAGAACUGAGUAGUAGAAAACUCUUCCUGAGCGUCAAGCUGCAGAUGAGGAUCUAAGUGUUUUGAACUUCCACACAGGAAUCCGGCAUUCCCAAGAGAAUGAUCCCUUCUUCCUGAAAUGCUAGACUUGUAUGAGCAAGGAGUUUUACUGCUGGAUGAGCAGUUGUGUAAACCUCAACUUCUGCCUGAUCUGAGGAUAGUCCAGGAAAAAGAAGUUUACAACGUGUAGCUGUUUGUUCAUGUGAACUUGUCCAGAGUUUUGUUAAUAUACUCUGAAUGGAAAACUUAUUUUCAGGAACUCCUCGCGAUUGCCUUUUUAUGUUUAGGCCUUUCAGCUGUUUUGUUGUGUCACCUUGCUGCCUGUCCUAUUUAUGGAUCCAUGAAUGGUUGAGAACUACAAGCAGUAGAGCUGCUUCUUUGCUUCUCUCCCCUCCAUAAUGAGUUUGGAAACUUGACCUCAAGGAGUGAUGGAUGCAUGCACCUAAAAACAGGCAUUAAAGAUUCUCAAGGUUUAUUUUUCCUUGAGGUAUUAUGACUAGCGGGUUUAAAAGUGUCUUGCUACUUAACCCUGCAUUUGAAUUGUCUUGAGAUAUUGACUGUGAACCAUGGUAUUAAUCCUAAAUUGGAGUCUUCAUGUUGCCAAUACGCAGUUGGUUGAUAAUGGCAUUAAUUUCACAUCAAAGAGGCUUAGCCGCUUUCAUGGGAAUAAAAUUUUCUAGGGAUUUUCAAGCAACAAUAAGGUUCAUCUGGUGGAGCCACAGAACCUAGGUGAAGUUCAUAUAUCAUUCUGUGAUGGGGUUGAGUAACAACAUACGUUGCCACUACUCCUGUGUUCCAUACGUUGAUGUGCUUGAGAACUUUGGUGUAGAGCAACUUCAGUCAGUAUUGGCUUUGGUUCUCAACAUUGUAGAAUUCUUGGGCACCGAUAAUAUAAGGCAGAUUAAAUUAGAUCUCUUCCAUUAAUGUCAAAAUAUAUUCAUGGAAUCCAGUCCAUAUCUUUCUCAAAUAUUGCAGAAUUUUAUGUUCAACAUAUGAUUUCUCUGUAUCUGUGGUAUUUUAAGUUUACAAUGUCAUGUAGUGCCUAACGAAGCAACUGCCCAUUGUGUGUGUGUGUGUGUGAGUGUGUAAUGUCCUUAUUUGCAUAGGAAUUAGAAUAAUAAAAAAUCUAGAGACACUUGCUGGGUUAGAUGCUACACACAUACAUUGUGUGUGUGUGUGUGUGUGUGUAAGUAAAACUAUAUUUAAAAUUCCUCUGAAGAUCCAGUUAAGUUGAGUUAUCAUGUCUUCCGAGUUCAAUUGGGAUCUGUAUUGCUUUCUUUAAAAAUUAAGUACUUCUGUGCAGAAAAAAGAAAUCUGAAUGGGUGUGGUGGGGGCAGAAAUAGCACUUCGGUAGAUGAGGGUGUGGAAUUUCCUAAAUGCAUAACUUGCAUUUUUGUUUUAUAAAAAUGGGGUAUUUUACAGAAAAUCAAUAUAAUUUCAUGCAUACUUUCCCCUAUAUAUACAUAUUAUAUAGUCUCUAAAUAACUUUUUAAAAAUAUAGUUGGUUUUUUGAUAAUUUUGUAUCUCAGGUAAAGUGCCAUCCCAACCAAAUGUUACAUAGAUAGAGAAACAUUUCUGCCAUUUUGACAUCUACUUGUUAUAACUAAAAAUCCUUUUUAAAAUGGGUAUCAGCUAUAGAUAUUCUUAUGAGUUAAAUGGUUUUCAGCAUAGAACUGUUAUCAGGACACCUCAUUAUUUAACAUGACUUGUAAUUUCAUGAGAAUCCAUAGGGAAGUCCUGAAGGCGGUGUUGUCUUACAUGCAAUAUUAAAUAUUCUGUAACAAAACAAUGUACAGUGCAGAUAACCAAUUAUAUCUAUGGCAUAUGCUUAGAAAUGUAAAUAGCAAGCCAGGUAAUCAAAUAUGUAAAUAUAAUAACAGCAGAAAAAUAUCACAUUGUAUCAUGCAGUCAUCUGUAUAUCUCAAAUAUGUUAACUGGUUGCACUAUGCUUUAAUUUCAUAUGGAGAAGCUCAUAGAUUUAUAUUUAACUUGAGAACUAUACAAUAAAAUGCAACUACUCAA